UCGCUGUCAAACCGCUGGCGAGCCCAGAAGAUACGCCGGCUGUCAUAAGAGCCACCCCAGUGGCAAAGCCCCUCUGCGCUGAUCCUCUCAAAUUCUAAAAAAAAAAAAAAAUAAUUAGUAGUUAAGUGUUUUAAUGGGUAGGGCAUGAUUUCUUGGUACUUUUGAGUUUUAUCGUUACUGCCCACAUGGGCCAUUGCUUCGGGAAUAAACGGGUUUAAAUUGUACAUAAAGUGAUUAGGGACCAAACUGUUAUCGUGUUUCAAGUGUAACCAUAGGAUUAGGAAUUUUUCUGCAACUCCUCAUCAAACCAUGGCGUUGGCAAAUGUAACCCCUCAUGCAGCCAUGGCUGUUGAAGAUUUACUUAUGCUCUUCGAUAAUUCUAAUACUUCUAAUAGUUCCAAUAACACCAUUGCCAUAGCUCACUAUCCCAGUGGUUACGGCCUACCUCAAAUAGUGGUAGCCUCAAUUUUCGCCACUAUUAUAAUGAUUAUAGUUGUAGUUGGUAACAUGCUCGUAAUUAUAGCUAUAACAACCGAGAAAUCCCUCAAGAGUAUCCAGAAUUGGUUUAUCGGUUCCUUAGCGGUCGCUGAUUUCUUCCUGGGACUCAUAAUAAUGCCGUUUUCGUUGGCGAAUGAACUGAUGGGGUACUGGAUUUUCGGUACCUGGUGGUGCGAUAUUCAUUCAGCGAUGGAUGUUUUGUUGAGUACGGCUUCAAUUAUGAACUUGUGUUUGAUAUCGUUGGACAGGUAUUGGAGCAUCACUCAGGCUGUGGAGUACCUCAAGAAGCGGACCCCUGUCAGAGCUAUCGUUAUGAUUGCUGCUGUUUGGAUUUUGUCUGCGCUGAUCUGCAUACCGCCACUUCUUGGAUGGAAGGUUGAGAGGACGGCUGAAGAGCAGUACCCUCAGUGUCAGCUGAGCGAGGAAUUGGGGUACGUCCUAUAUUCUGCUCUUGGUUCAUUCUACAUCCCCUCCUGCAUAAUGGUCUUCGUUUACAUAAGGAUUUAUUAUGCAGCCAAAGCGAGAGCGAGACGUGGUAUAAGGAAACCCCCAAGGAGGCAACCUCAAGAUGCUGUUACAAGUUUCACGAAUGCACCGGGAGACUCGAAGAAUGGAAGCACGAGGGAAACUCCAGCCGCUGGUUCUGUCGACAGGAAUAGCAACACCUCCCCCAGAGAUGGCGAAAGGCAAAUUGCCACAAUAGAGUCCCAUCCACGACCGAUACCUAUACCUACCGUAACUUGUGAUUUAGCUUCCGACAUCUCUACCAGCGAUCAGGGGGAUCUCGGCAAUAACGAAGCAAUAGACAUCCAAAAGGAUACAUUGAAGGUGUUCCCAAGUGCCCAAGUUGUUCGUACUUCCUUGUCGCAGUGCCAACUGAGCGGAUCCACCCUCUCCGUCAACGGCGAACUCCAACAGCAAGCAGCAGUCAUCGCGCGAACCCGCCAACACUCCAUGGGCAUAGACACAGACAUGGUGAGUGAGUUCGACCCUAGCAGUUCGGAUUCGGGUGUUGUCGCGAGGUGUACGGUAGUGAAACCCUUGAAACUAAGACUGUGCAAGCCGAUAUUCGGCAGAAGAACCCCAAAAAACCGCCGGUCCGAGGGUAAAAAACUCAAGAACCACAGCGAGGAGGUGAUCGUGGAACAGGUGGUGCCCAAAGUGCAAAAACCGCGUGACCCCGAACGGGAGAAACGGAGGUUGGCCAGAAAGAAGGAGAAGAGAGCCACUCUCAUAUUGGGACUCAUCAUGGGCUCCUUCAUCGCGUGCUGGCUGCCCUUCUUCAUCAUGUACAUAUUGAGGUUAGCUUACGACAUACCGAACAUAGCGUUCCUCACCGCUUUUUGGUUGGGCUACAUGAACUCAGCGCUGAAUCCAGUCAUCUACACCAUCUUCAACAAGGAUUUCCGAAGGGCGUUUCGAAGGAUUCUGUUUAAGUGAUGUUUAGCUUACGUGUGCUGCUAUGAGUGCGUCAGCCGUAGGAUACGGACUGCGCAGUACCGCAGCGCACCGAGCAUGUUGUACAGGCGUUAGUUUUGUAAGACAAUCUUGAUAUCAUCUUGUCAUUGGUACUGCUCUUAAAAAACUCGAUGGACAGAGGUGAAAUAGCAUGAACUGAUCGAAUCACCUUUAUUGAAUAGAAAAGUGACCUAAUUAGAUUAUUUUUAACUUAACUUCAUCAAAAAGUUUUACUUUUUAAAUUUGUACUUCAACAUUUCUUAAAGAGGCUGUGGAUGCUGGACUUAUUAUAAAAACUUAAAGUUUCUGUGUGCAAUAUCGCCAAUAGGACCAUGUGGAAAUUGCCCCAAAAAAUUCAGAUUAGCAUGUCUUAAGCACAUGACAAGUGUAUAAAAUUGUAACCCAAUUACGUUAUGACUAUUACCUUCUUUAAAUGACUAUCCAUGAAAAAUAUUGGCGUCCAUCAUCUCAAAUUUAACUUUAUGCAAUGCAAUAUGGAACCGAUUUGUUGAACUACGUUUUUAAGUUCUUCAGUCAGGAUAUGUCUUUUGUUUGGCUGAUUUCCCCUUUGUUGUUGCUGCAUAUUCAUAUAAAACCUGAAAUUUAUAUAAAUUUCUUAUACAACUUUCGAGAUAUGUUAUAUAAAUAGGCAGACACUUUCUAUAUUAGAAACCUCGCACCAGACAUCUUCCAAAUAUGAAAUAUUUCAGGUGUACCCACGUAAUAAUAAGACUGCUAUAUAUUUGUCACUUUGAUAACUACCAAAUCAUUUUUGUGUUUGAUUUCAGUUCAUUCUUGCAUUUACCAUAUACAUAUUUCAUUCGAAUUGACAAAUGUAAGUAGGCUCAAAUUAUUUUCUUACAAACUUUUGAGAGUUUAGUAGAAAAUAUUGCCCUCGAAAAUGAUAGAGCAAUACUCAAUUUUGAUGAUUUUGUGUAAUUUAUUGAUUUCAGUCAUGUAAUAAUGUCUGUCUGCAGGGUGGUUUUCACUUUAAGAAGUGUCUGUCAAUAAUUGAUAUAACAUCUUUUAAUCCAAGUAAUAGUUCAGAUUUUAUAUUCAUGACUUAAAAAGUUCCACAUUUUAUUCACUUUCAUUACCAAUUAUUAUCUAACCAAAUCACGAUUAUCUCCAUUUAGCGACAUUGCGUACAGAAACUUUCAGCUUUCAUACUAUGUUGUAAGUUAAUCGUCCAUGAACUCAUAGACCAUUAUUAUAUAAUAUUGUACAACGGUAUCAUUGUGAUGUUCACCUUAUCCACAGAGUUUUUCAACAGUCUGGAUCUAUUUCACUGUAAAUACUCACAGAAGAUUCCUAUUAAAUCACAUUCGAUUCGACAUAAUCGAAUCACUCAGAUAUAUAAAUUAGUUAGUUGAAUUAGAUCGUUGAAAUAUUUGAAUCAUAGGUUAGAGUCCUUGAAUAAUUUAUUUUCGAAAACUAUAGUGAAAUACUUAGUGUGGCAUAGAGGAGGAGGCAUAUCUUAUUUAAUUAAUUAAAAACGUGUUACAUAUUGUAAAAAUAUUCUUAUGCACCAGAUAUGUUCAAAAUUCUUCAUCUUUUUUAAAUUUUUUUGAUUCGAUAACAAAUAAGUUUUAUGAGAAAACUUAUGUACAAUAAUUCAGUGACCAAUUAUCAAUUUCCUCUCUUCUAUUGUGAAUGCUGCCUUCCUGAAUAAAUUGUAAAUAUUGAGAAGAUUCAUACGUUAAUCGAUUUCUUCAUAGGAAUUUUAGCAGAAAGAGAAUUUUUUUUUUGGAUAUAGGACAUAUCCUAUUUUAGGUGUUAUUUAUGUCAGCUCAUUAUAUGAUAUAUACGAUUGUCACAAAUCUGAUUUCUCGUGUUUAUAAGAUGGUGAAAAUAGCGAACUUAAAAUAAUAGAUCAAUAUACAGGUGGUCCAGCUUGAGAAGUGGAAAAUUCAGGAUGAAAAAAUAUGAAUUUGCUCAAUUUGAUUAUCCGAGAGAUGAUUGGUUACCGAAGAACUCAGGAGCCUUCAAGUUUGACUAGAAAAAAAUGGAAUUUAUUGAUUUUUCUCAAACCGGUGGAAAUAUUCGAAUGAAAUUUUUUUGAACUUCAUUUCCAACAUGAUAGGAAGUUCUUAUUAAAACUGUUUUUUCGGCAACCGUCCGGGAAGUGAGCACUUCCCGGACUUUUUUCUCUGAGAAAGUAGCAUUUCCCGGCCUAGUCCGGAA